AUGGAGCUAAAGGAGACCACCCGUGAUCACUCAGGAGUGCACAAUAUGGCCUUUCAGAAUGACAGCGAAGGUGUGGAUGUUCUAAAUCUGAAGGGUCUUGCAGACAAUUCACAGAGAACCAAGAAUUUACAAAAUAAGAAAACUGUACAUACUAAUCAGGAAGAUGAAUACAUCAAUAUUGAGAGUGAUCUGCAUGAAAACAAAUGUGACUCGGUAGAUGAUGAGCAGCUACGCUUGAAAGGGCAUUUAGAAGAUAAAUAUGAUAAAGCCUGUGAAUUUUUCAAGAAGCAUAAAACCAGAAUUCACCAUGUGAUCUAUGGAAUUUUAAUAACAGCAUACUUGGCAGUAGUUAUUGCAGCCUGCAGCUUGAAUUUUCAGAGAGCCUUGCCACUCUUUAUCAUCACUGUCCUAGUCAUCUUCUUCAUCUGCUGGGAUUUUUUAAUAGCUAAGUAUGAAGACAGAAUUGCUGCAUUCUUUUCCCCUGGACAAAGAUAUCUGGAGAAACAGUGGUUUUGGCUGAAAUGGGUGUUGUGUGCAGGUCUUACUUUAACUGUCAUAUGCUGGUACAUCUUCGACACAGCAAGACAGGGAUCUCGCCAGCUCAUCUCCUUUGGUGGGCUUGUGAUGUAUGUUCUCUUGAUGGUUAUAUUUUCCAAAUAUCCAACCAGAGUUGCUUGGAGACCAGUAUUUUCAGGAAUAGGAAUGCAGUUUAUUCUUGGGCUUCUUAUUCUGAGGACCAAAGUGGGGUUUGAUCUGUUUAACUGGCUAGGCAUUCAAAUCCAGACUUUUCUGGAGUACUCUGAUGUAGGUGCUAAGUUUGUAUUCGGUGAGAAAUACACGGACCAUUUCUUUGCUUUUAAGGUCCUGCCAAUUGUGGUUUUCUUCAGCACAGUAAUGUCUAUGCUUUACCAUGUUGGAUUCAUGCAGUGGCUUGUUGGAAAGGUGGGUUGGAUAAUGCAAAUUUUCCUAGGAACAACUCCCGUUGAGUCUCUGGUAGCUGCGGGUAACAUAUUUGUGGGACAGACAGAGUCUCCUCUUCUGAUACGGCCUUACUUACCCUACAUCACCAAAUCGGAACUCCAUGCAGUCAUGACAGCUGGAUUCUCAACUAUUGCUGGAAGUGUCUUAGGAGCAUAUAUUUCUUUUGGGGUUUCAGCCUCUCACCUACUGACUGCUUCUGUCAUGUCAGCACCAGCAUCAUUAGCCACCUCCAAACUAUUCUGGCCUGAAACUGAGAAGCCUACAAUAACUCUGAAAAGUGGCCUACAAAUGGCAAAAAGUGAAACAAAGAACCUGCUGGAAGCAGCCAGUCAAGGGGCCUCCACCUCCAUCAUGCUGGUGGCAAACAUCACGGUGAAUCUGAUUGCCUUCCUUGCCCUGCUGGCUUUCCUUGACUCAGCCCUCUCAUGGCUGGGCAAUCUGUUUGACUAUCCACAGCUGAACUUUGAGAACAUUUGUGCAUAUGUCUUCAUGCCAUUCUCUUUCAUGAUGGGGGUAGACUGGGAAGACAGUUUUAUUGUUGGUGGACUACUAGGUUACAAAACUUUCUUCAAUGAGUUUGUGGCUUAUGAUCGCCUCUCGAAACUGAUUCACAACCGAGAAAAGGGUGGGAGCAUGUACAUUAAUGGUGUGAAACAGUAUAUGACUGUUCGCUCUGAAGUCAUUGCCACCUAUGCCCUUUGUGGAUUUGCCAACUUCGGCUCACUGGGACUGGUAAUAGGAGGCCUGACAAGCCUUGCUCCCUCAAAAAAAAAGGAAAUAGCUGGUGGUGCUUUCAGAGCAAUGAUUGCAGGGACUGUUGCCUGCUUCAUGACGGCCUGUGUUGCAGGAAUGCUGACUGUCCCUGGUCUGGAAGUUCCUUGCCACAUCUUAUUAGGAAAUGCCUUCAACUCCACGGAUUUCCCUGCCAACACCACAGAACUAGCUGAAUGCUGCCAGCAACUCUUCACCAGCGUGAAUCAUUCACAGGAGAUCUUCUCUGGAGGAAACUACAGCCUGAGUUCCUGGAAAGGAUGUUGCCAAAUACUGGAUCAACCUGGUUUCAAUUGCACUUGA